CGUUUGCUUCCGCACCGCCAGAGAGCGGUUGCAACGUCUGGGGGCAUGUGAGGCGCCAGGGACCCUGGCCUGCCCCGCCUCUGCCGUCCCUUUCCCCGCCCCCAUCAGGGCAGCGCCUGAGCCCCUGGGGGGGCACCAGUGGACUGUGAACAGCGCUGCUGGCCCAGUCUGUAGAUGGGGAACUGAGGCAGGGAGAGAGUAAGGCCUGGGGUCAACGAAGGCACUUAGGCGCAGGGCUGGUGCAACCACUAGGCAAACUAGACGGCUGCCUAGGGGGCCAAGAUUUGGGGGUGCCAAAAAGUGGUCCCCAAAAGUAGGCCCACAUAUCAAUCAAGAGGCUGGCAGCAGAUUGCAGAUGGUAGGGAGGAUGUAAAAGAGCCAUGCUCCCAAUGGAUUGCUCUCCUGCCUUUUAGAAAGCCAGUGGUUAGUGAAGUCCUUUGAUUAGAUUGCAGACUGCAAGCAGGUGAUAAAAACCAUGCUCCCAAUGAAUUGAUCUCCGACUGCUGCCAUUUAGAAAUCCAGUGAAGUCCUUUGAUUGUGAAUCGAUAAUUCUACAGAUUGCUGUGUUGGUAGAUACAUUAUCCUGCCUGCCCCACGCCCCUGCUGCCGGAGCAAGAGCCCAGCAUUCAAAUCCCCAGCCCGGGAGCAGGACGGACUUGUGAAGGCAAAGCAGGCGACACGCUCCCAUUGCCCUGUUGCAAGUGCACUUGGCCCGCUGCUGCAUGUCAGGGACUGGAGAGGAGAGCGCCAAUUUCACCUUAUGGCUCUUUGAAUCCUACGCCGCCCCCCGGCCAAACCCAGAUUGCACGCUAUCCCCCCUCCCCAGCCAAACCCGAUUUUCUAGGUGACCAAACCAGGUCUACUCCGCUUGCACUCCCCAGCCAAACCCGAACCCCCACUGACCGAACCCAGUCUGCUUCCCUUCCCCGCCUAACCUGAUACCCCACUGACUCAACCUGGUCUGCUUCCCUUCCGCUCCCCAGCCAAACCCAAUCCCCCACUGAGCCAAACCCACUCUGCAUCCCUUCUCCUCCCGGCCAAACUCGAACCAUCACUGACUGAACCCAGUGUGCGUCUCUUCCCCACUUAACCCGUUGAUGAAAUUCAAAGAGUGACUCAUAGUUGUUGAUACAGCCUCAUGGCAGAUAGAGAAAAAUUGUCUGGGGCACAGUUUUGUAAGCAGAAGGCUGAUAAGCAAAAAGAAGAAAGAAAGCAAGAAGGUUCAUUUCUGAGGUAUCUACGUCCACUGGCCAGAGAUGAAGGUAGUCCAAUGCCAAAGGAUCAAGCAGAGAUGGAGGUCGGGAUGACAGUUUCACAAGUUAAAGAAGAGUUUGAAGAACAUAAUCUGAAUAUUGAAGACGAAUCAUAUGAAACACAUGAGGAUCAAAACUUGGAAGAGCGUGAAAGCGAAAAUGUCACUUGUUUGAAUUUGAGCUUUAGUGAUCCUGCUACUUGGGCCAAAUGCGAUGAUCAAGUCAGACAAAUUUUGGUGGAACAUGAGCUGGAACAAGUUCAGCAGUUCGAUUUUCCCAAAGAUAGUAAGCAGAGAAAAUUCUCGACAAUUCAUUUCAAACGUAGGCUUGUUAAUGGAGAAGAAAUGCACCAUCAGUGGCUGCAGUAUUCCACAUCAAAUGAUUCUGCUUUUGCUUCUGCUGCAAGUUGUUUGCCAGUUGUACUAUUGGCACAUCAUCUCUUUCUGGAAAAGGCUCAAGGGAUUGGAAAAAUAUGUCUGCAAUUCUUUCAGAGCACAAGAAAAGCAGUCAAUAUUUGACAAAUGUUCAAACAUGGAAGGAACUUGAACUGUGAUUGAAAUACGAGAGAACAAUUGAUGAAGAACAUUUGUGCUUCUUUAAGCAAGAAGAAAAGUAUUGGCAGCAAAUACUAGAACGUCUGAUUGCUUUAGUCAGAGUUCUUGGUAUACAAAACCUGGCCUUUCAGGGAACACAAAAAAACCUGCACACUUCUGGUAAUGGGAACGUCCUCAAAUUUGUCGAAUAUCUAGCUUUGUUUGACCCGCUUAUGGAUGAGCAUCUUCGCAGGAUUAAGGACAAGAUGCAUGUACGUUACCUAGGGAAAGGCAUACAGAAUGAGCUUAUUCAGCUUCUAUCCAAUGCCAUCAAACAAAAAAUCCUAGCAUCUGCUCGUGCUGCAAAAUACUUUUCAAUCAUUCUAGAUUGUACACCAGAUGCAGGCCAUGUUGAACAAAUGACCAUGAUCAUUUGGUUUGUGGAUAGGCCGACUUCAGAGACAGAGAAUGAGACUGAAUCAGUAUGCAUAAAGGAACACUUCUUGGGAUUUGUGUCGCUUAUGGAGACAACUGGAGCUGGUGUGACAGAAACUAUUCUUCAUCAGUUAGAAGAGAUGUCACUGCCUAUAGAAAACUUGCGUGGUCAAGGCUACGACAAUGGGAGCAAUAUGAAAGGGAAAGAAAAUGGUGUCCAGCAAAUAAUUUUGGAUAUUAAUCCACGAGCCUUUUUCAUUCCUUGCAGUGCACAUUUAUUGAAUGUGGUUGUUAGUGAUGCUGCAAAGUGUUGUUUGGAGGCAACCGCCUUCUUUGAUUUAGUACAACGUGUUUAUGUAUAUUCCUCCGCUUCUACACGUCGCUGGGAAGUUCUAACACACCACGUAUCUAAUCUCACAGUUAAACCAUUGAGUGAAACAAGAUGGGAAAGUCGAAUUGAUGCCUUGAAACCUCUUCGCUAUCAGCUUGGUGACAUCUAUGAUGCUCUGCUAGAGAUCUAUGAUGAUACUACUCUAACUGGAUCAUCUGGCAAUAUGUCACAAGUUGAUGCAAAGGAUCUUGCAAAAGCCAUUUCUAGUUUCAAGUUUCUUGUUUCUCUUGUUGUGUGGUAUGACAUAUUGUUUGAGAUCAACAUGAUUAGCAGACAACUUCAGGCGAAAGAAUUUGACAUAAGUGACGCCAUUAAUCAACUUGGAGAAAUCAAGAAGUUUCUUGUAGGCCACAGAAUUGACACAGACUUUGAGAAAACAUUGGUAGAUGCAGGUGAACUUGCGGAGGAAUUGGAUGUACUGGCACUUUUUGAACCAGAUACAAUCUGUAUUAGAGAAAAGAGGAAGCAGUUCACAUAUGAAGCAGAUGACAAACCUAUUUAUAAUCCAAAAGAAAAAUUCAAAGUGAACUUUUACUUUGCAGUCAUCGACACAACAGUAUAUUUGGUUGAAGAAAGAUUAACAUUGAUGCAGCAAAUUAGUUCAGUAUUUGGCUUCCUAUAUGAUGAUUACAGUUUGCAAAAUACAAGACCAAAGCAAAUUAUGGAACAUUGCUUGAAUCUGGAGCAAGCUUUGCAACAUGGUGAAUCCAAAGAUAUUGAUGCCUUUGACUUGUGCAAUGAAUUGCAAGCUAUUACAAGACGAGUCCAAAAGACUGCAUCACCACAAGAUGUAUUGAACUUCCUUUGGAAAAAUAAGCUGACAGAUAGUGUCUCCAACACAGUUACUGCUCUUCGCAUCCUCUUGACUCUCCCAGUUUCUGUGGCCAGUGGUGAGCGCAGCUUCUCGAAGCUCAAGUUGAUAAAAACAUACAUGAGAACAUCAGUGUUGCAACAAAGACUUGUUGGGCUAUCUACCUUGUCAAUAGAACAUGACAUUGCUUGCAGCAUUGACUUGGAGGAACUUGUUUCUAAAUUUGCUAAACUGAAAGCGUGGAAAAAUAAAUUCUAAAUUAUAACGUGUCACUCUGUGACAGUAUAUUGUGUUUAAUGUAUGUGAUUUAUUUUAAGAUCCAUGCUAUUUUGUGCAAAGUAAAAAACAAUAAUAAUGUCAACACUGUCAGGUUAUUAAUUUAUUUUGAUUAAAUAUGUAGACUAAAUAAUGAAAUUAAUAAAUUUUCAAGCUGAACGUG